AUGCCAGAAGCCUCCGAAAUCAAAAAAGUCGCCAUAAUCGGCUGUGGCGCCAUCGGCGCGUCCUGGGCCGCCCUCUUCGCCGGCCACGGCCUGCAAGUCUCCGCCUUCGACAUCAAAGCCGAAGCCGAAACCUUCGUGCGCGAGCUCGUCGCCUCCGCCGUUCCUACACUCUCCCGAUUGGGGCAGCUGAAGAACGACACCGACGACGCCUCAACCGUCCUCUCACGCAUCCACUUCACGACCUCCCUCGCAACGGCGCUGCGCGACGCCGACUUCGUGCAGGAGAACGGGCCGGAGCGGCUCGACUUCAAGCAGCAGCUCUUCCGCGACAUCGCAUCUCACAUCCGGCCGGACGUCGUCAUCGCAACCUCCUCCUCCGGCCUGACCUGCUCGUCCAUCCAAGCCGGCCUGACGGACGCCUCCACCUACCACCCGGAGCGCUGCGUCGUCGGGCACCCGUUCAACCCGCCGCACCUGAUCCCGCUGGUCGAAGUCGUCGGCGGGGCCCAGACGUCCGCCGAAACCGUCGAGCGCGCGAUGGCGUUCUACGCGGCGCUGGGCAAGAAGGCGGUGCACGUCAAGCGCGAGGUGCCCGGGCACAUUGCGAACAGGCUGCAGGCGGCGCUGGUGCGCGAGAUACUGCACUUGACGCAAGAGGGGGUGUGCAGCGUGCAAGACAUCGACGACGCUGUUGCGUACGGCCCUGGGUUGCGCUGGGGUGUUAUGGGGCCCAGCGCUCUGCUGCACCUCGGUGGGGGGCCGGGCGGUAUCGAGCAUUUGAGCCAGCAUCUGUUGAAACCACUGACCGGCUGGUGGGCGCCGAGCGAUCCCGUGGUUGAUGAGAAGUUGAGGAAGAAGUGGGUGGAUGGGACUAUGGAGGCGGUGGAUGGAAGGAGCUAUGAGGAUCUGUCGCGGCAGAGGGACGAGGAGAUUGUGGAGCUGCUGCGGACGAGGAAGGAGUGGGACGGCUAUGCGGAGGCUAAGAAGGGGGAGAUGAGUGGUUGA